ACCCUGCUCAUGCGGGCCUCCCCACAGCCUACAAGGAGAAGAUGAAGGAGCUGUCCGUGCUGUCUCUCAUCUGCUCCUGCUUCUACUCUCAGCCGCACCCCAACACCAUCUACCAGUACGGGGACAUGGAGGUGAAGCAGCUGGACAAGAGGGCCUCCGGCCAGAGCUUCGAGGUCAUCCUCAAGUCCCCAUCGGACCUGUCCCCGGAGAGCCCCGUGCUCCCCUCUCCCCCCAAGAGGAAGGACGCCUCCCUGGAGGAGCUGCAGAAGCGGCUGGAGGCGGCUGAGGAGCGCAGGAAGGUGAGGCCCUGCCUCGAGGCUUCCGCGGCCACGCACAGGACCCGGGCAGGCGCCCGCUUGGCUUCGCCCCUGGCCUCCCGGAGGCAGGACGCACACUGGAGCCAGCUGGGAGCAGCCCCGCCAGGGGCACCCUCUGCUUCUGCCCGGGGGUCCCCAGGGCCUGCACCCCGGGAGGAUACGGGAGCCACAGAGGCGGGUCUGGGCGCGACGCUGGCCCAGGGCACGUGGCGAGCUGCCCGGCCCGGGUCCCGGUCCCCGCAGGAGCUGCACGCCGCCGAGGUCCGCAGGAACAAGGAGCAGCGCGAGGAGAUGUCCGGCUAAGGCCCUGGACCGGCGCCGAGCCCUGCAGGACAAGACACACUGGGCUCUGGCUUCCUUAGGUCGCCUUGUCUAGAGCACUUCGACCCUGCCCUCCUCCCCUCCCGCCCGCGCCCCUCAGGCUCUUGGGCACUCCCAGCUGCCCCCAGUCCUGUGCAGGUGGCUGGCCGCGGCGCCCCCGGCUGCCGACCACCCUCGGGAGGUCUGGGGAGCAGGGGCUGGGUCCCCGGGGCCUCUCGCGGGUGGCGACCUCAAUAAACGUAGUAUGGUGGCAGGA